UAGCGUUAGUCGAUUACACAGUGGCAGCGCAGGCGCACGUUUUUGCAUUUUAUCACACAUUUUUAUAGAUUUUUUUUUUAAUUGUGUUGUUUUGAAACAUGGAGUGGCUUAUCACAGAUGAUGGAAAGUACAGAAUAGAAUCUCUAUCAGCUGCUACUUUCCCCGGGGCAUUACGAGUUAUAACAGAAUCCUUCUGCCAAGAUGAGUCCGUGAGUAUAGGCACAGAAGUAAAUAAGAAUCCCGUGGCUGCAGAAGAGCUGUUAGAAUUGUGCGCAGAUGCAGCACUGGAUGGCGUGUCCUUAGUAGCUGUGGCUAUUGAUAGCGGAGAAGUUGUAUCUGUUGCUUUCAAUAAAAUACAGGUGGCAACAUCAGAUUCUUCAGAAAAGCCUUUCUUUGAAAUAUUCGCAGAGGAACGCUGUACUCAACCAUCAUCGCGAGCUCUAAUUGAGUGGAUGGCAGAAGUCGACGGCAAAUGUAAUUUCUUUGAGAAAUACAAUGUUGACUGCAGCCUUGAAAUAAUGUUCCUAGCAACACUUCGAGAGCACAGACAUCAGAAACUUGGCAGAAUCCUGUGCAGCACUUCAAUAGAUUUAGCAAAGAGACUGAAGAAUGGUCCAGUCUCUCAAAUGUCGGUACAAGAUUUAGGGCCAAAAUAUUCCAAUAUGGCGGCUAGAAAACCAAUAAACAAAGUUCCUAAGAUCUGUCAAGCUUUAUGGACUUCGGAACCAACUCAGAAGAUUGGGAAGGUUUUAAAUUUCGAAGUCGGGAUUCGCGUAUCGUUUAAUGAUUUUUAUUAUAAGGGAAAAUCUUUUGGAGAACGAUUGGGUAAAGAAGUCUUUGCUGAAGCUGCUGCUAUUCGACUUGACUAAUAUUUGUAGAUUAAUUGUAAACAUGAAUAUAAAUAAUAUUUAGUUUAAUUGACACUAGGAAAAAAACAUUCCCAAAUAAUACAAUAAUAUGUACCUGUUUCACAUUUUAGUACUGUAUCUAUGUGUAUUAUAUUUGGUAACAUAACAAUAUUCUCAAUUAUGUACAUACGAAUUAUAUACAAAGAAUGUGA